CAAGUCACGACACGUCAAUUUUCCACGCUUUUUCUUCCUUCCCAAACACCCUCAAAAAGGCAAAAUUGUCUCAGCGACUCUCCGCCACAUCUCUCACUCUCUCAAUGAUUCUCUUCUCCGAUACUUAAUUUCCGAUGGAAUCCGCCACCUACCGCCACAGCCGAUCGCCUUCCUCCGACCGAUUCCUCGGCAUCUUCACCUUCUCGCCUCCGUCUUCCUCCGCGGGCGGUUCCACCUCCGGCUCCGGCGGGGAGCUCAUCGAGGCCGAGGUUUUCUGGACGAACGAUUUUUCGGAGCCGAGUCAAGAUCACGGCGACUCUGCCCUCGCCGGAGUUUUCCCCGGCCAGAACCGGCACCGCUCCAGUUUCGCCAAGCCGCAGAAGUCGGGGAUUCUGGCGGUGCUUCCGGAGUCCGAUCGCGGCUACCAAGUCCUGUGCCGGAAAGCCUCAAUCUCGCCGUCGUCGUCGGUGACGAUGUCGAUUCCGGUGAUUCCGAGGCCUCCGAUUACGGGCCAGAGCUCUCAGGAGAGGGAAUACUUGCAGUCGGUGCCGGCUGGGAAACUCCAGCACCAAUCUGCGCCGAUGAACGUCCCCUUGCUGGCGAAGGCCAUGGCGAAGCGGAGGAAUUUCGAGGUUUUCGAAGACGAUGCUGAGGAAGAAGACGACAAGGUUCUGCCGCCGCACGAGAUCGUCGCAAGAGGUUCCGGCGUGUCGCCGAAGACGACGUUCUCGGUGCUUGAAGGCGUUGGGAGGACCCUGAAAGGGAGGGAUCUUCGCCAGGUGAGAAAUGCUAUUUGGAGAAAGACUGGCUUUCUUGACUAGAAAUACCUUUUAUUUUCUUGGAUUCCAUGAGAAAGUCUAGUUCUUUUUUGUUUGAUUUUUGGUAUAUUGAUGUUCACGAGCAUGUCUUGGUUAGGGAAAGAACAUGUUUUUGAGCUUUCUUUCAGUGGAAUAUAUACUGAGGUUUAGAAGAGAUUUAGAAUUGUUGAUGGUUUCUGAUAGUUCAAUGGAUAAAAAGAAAUGCUGGUCAAAAUUGAUUGUAUGCACAAUUGUCGUACUUGAUCAUAGAUUCUGGAGAAUGAAUGUAAAAUGAGUAACAUCACAUUUUUCUUUUGUGUCAUGUUUUAUGUAUCUCUGGACACAAAAGAAUACAAAGGAGGUAAAUUGGCUUAUAUGAUCGUACAAAUGAAUACAAGGAGGUAAAUUGAAUACAAGAUGAUCGUAUAAGCCAAUAUACUUUUU